CCCAUGGUGUCUGCUGCAGUUCUCUCUGGGGAUGGCAGAAUGAGACGGAUGCUCUUGGUGCUGCUCUACAUCUCCCACUCUUCUGCCAGUUGUGGCGUCCAGGAAAUCAACGUUAUGGAAACUUCCGAGGAGGGCUUGGUCAAAGACAAGGAGUUCCCGUGGGUGGUGUCGCUGCAGGACUCCCAGUACACCCACCUGGCUUUCGGCAGCAUCCUCAGUGAGUUCUGGAUCAUCAGCAUCGCGUCUGCCUUGCAGAACAGGAAGGACGCCAUUGUUAUGGUUGGCAUCGCUAAGAUGGAUGCCAGAGUGAUCGCUCACGAAGAGUAUCCAGUCAACACCAUCAUCAUCCAUGAGGAUUUUGACAAUGAGACCAUGAACAAUAACAUAGCACUCCUGAAGACAGACACGGCGAUGGAGUUCAGCAACCUGGUCCAACCCAUCUGCUUCCUUGGCAGAAAGCUGCAUAUGCCACCAGCCUUGCAGAACUGCUGGGUGGCAGGAUGGAAUCCCACGUCUGCAACAGGAAAUCAUAUGACGAUGAGUAUCCUGAGGAAAAUCUCCGUGAAAGACAUCAACAUGUGUCCCUUACACAAACUCAAGAAAACAGGAUGUGGCAAUCACAUAGAGCAGGAAACCGAUGCUGUCUGUCUGGGGGACCCAGGAAACCCCAUGAUAUGCCAGCUACAGCAGCUGAAUCUGUGGGUGCUGCGAGGACUCUUGUCCCACGGUGGUGAGAAAUGCCCUGGCUUUUUUAUGUACAUCAAGGUGGAAGACUACAGUGACUGGAUCAUGUUCAAGACUGAGAAAACCAGCCGGCCGCUGUCUUCCUUUCACCACUGGGUGAAUUCGCUGUCUUCGCCCAGCUACAAAGCACAUUUUGCCAUUACAAAACGAAAACAUUCUGGGCUGGGCCAAGCUGGAUGGUCCCAAGCAUACUCAAAAGGACAAAAAAAGGCCACCGUACAUUCGUUGCCAGCAAAAAGCUCUAGAAAGAGUCCAAACGCUCGGGGGAAAGGGUUAAAGGAAUUAAGCAGGUCUUCUGUUGCGGCCAGACAAAAAAAGACCACUGUACGUUCGUUGCCAGCGAAAAGCUCUAGAAAGAGUCCAAACACUUGGGGGAAAGGGUUAAAGGAAUUAGGCAAGUCUUCUGUUGCGGCCGGACAACCCAUGUACUAUGACUAUUAUGGAGGGGACUCUGAGGAGGGUGCAAGGCCUAUUUCAGGUCAGAACAGGUUACAUCAGCCCCAAGAAAUUAUCUUGUUUUUCUUUGUGCUUCUUUUCUCUUGCCAUGGCAGCUAGUCUAAGAGGUAACCCUCCCAACUGAAGAGUAAGCUCAGAAUGCUGAGUGCCGGGCAGUCACCAUUCUGUUCUGCUGUUUAAUGGUGUCUGUUUUUGCUAGUUGCACACCUGGGCUGCCACGGACAGGCCUCAAGCGCACACCGGGCUGGCUCUCCCUCCUCUGUCCCACUCCCACAUGCGGGAAGGUCACUUUCAUUUGUGCUUGUGAACUAAAUGUGGGCUAACAAGUGUCAAACCAUUAGA